AUGGCAAAGGGAGAUGAGGGCUUUAAGAAGGAUGUAAAUGAGCUGAUGCCUGAUUUGGUUGCUGCUUGGGAAUGUGUCAAGGAGAGUCUGCAUGGAUGCCGGACAGUCCAUGAUGAUCUGAUACACAUGCCUGCUGCCUACAAGAACAUGAGAAUAGAUGAGAACUCUCACCUUGCCGUUCUUCUGCCGUCCACUCAAGGGCCUGGCAUCUGCUCCUACAUGAUGCUGGAGUUCCUCUUCAGGAAGCAUAACAAAUUCAUGGAGAGUUACUGUGAAAAGAUCAGUUCCAGGUAUGAGCGCCUGCCUGAGGUCAGCAUGAGGAAACUUCACAGCAACCACCUGGUCAGCUACCACCCUGACCGUGACCUGCUGCCCCUUGUCCUGGCCAACUGUAACUACUCCUUUGAGCUGGGGAAAGGUACCACCAUUGAGUAUGACUUUGAAGGAUUUGAGUAUCAGCUCAAAGAAGUCAUACUACAGGCCAAGUCCAGAGUGGAGCAGAAGUCCCAUGUCAUACCAAUUGACCAAAUGAUAUACAGGGCAGAUUCAGGAAAUGUAGCAGUGUUUAAGACACUUCAAGACAGAAUUCCACAGGAGCCAUUGUCUCGAGCAGUCAAGCUUCAAAUUGUGUCUGAACUAAAGUCCAGCCUGCCAGAUGUCUGUGACUCCAUCAACAACUUGGACAUCACCACCAGUUUCCUCAAGUCUUUGGGAGGAGAACCAGACAAGCCACUGCAGAUUUUUAUGACAGCUGUACUCAAAAUGAAACAGACAAUAACUAGCCAGAAGGUGAGGCAGGUUUGUGAGUUCAGGCAUGUUCAAUCACUGUGGCUUUUACUGACAUUCCAGAAGUCAGUGAUACUUGCUGAACACCACCAGGAUCCAUUCAGCAAUCUUGACAGUGAACACAAAGUAGAUCUUUGUGAGGAAGAAAGAACAAAUGUACUUGAGUUCUGUCAGAGGAAAAGUCCUGACAAGCUGGAGUUUCUCCUUCAAGAGAUGUUCGACUGUCUCUUGCUGUGGGUGGCUGUACCUGCUGACAACUCUGAUGGACCAAGUCCAAAGUCCAUGAGCCUGAAAGACUUGCUGCAAGGUCACCUGGACAGGUCACUGAACAGUGAUGAAGGUCUAGGAACCAGAUCAAGCAGCACUGAUCAGACCCUGACAGAGGAAGACAUCGACUCACUCCCACCAGGCAUCAAGGGCAUGCACAUUCCUAACACAUGGCUGUUGCUGCUGCAGGAGAUCAGCCGGCGCAGGAAGGAGAUGUAGCCGACACUGAUCCCAGUUUCAAUGGAUAAUGCAGUU